AUGCUAAUAAGGAGCUCAAUAGGUUAUGGUGCGCACAUGGGCGCGAAGAUAGCGCUUUUCGCAGCACCUCGGUAUGUUAACACGCUAGUCAGGUCCUACAAGGUUUUAGCUAUUGAAACCAGUUGCGAUGACUCCUGUGUUGCUAUCUUGGAGCACAACAAGGAAGGUAAUAAAACCAAGGUACUGGCUCAAUUAAAAGAGACUCUUGAUAGCCAAAAGGAAGGUGGCAUUAUUCCAACACGCGCACAUUUGCACCAUCAGCAAAAAAUAGCACCUUUGGUUCAACGAGCGCUUCGAGAAACAAGUUCACAAGGCGAAAUAGAUCUUGUCUGCGUCACGAGGGGCCCCGGUAUGCCUGGCUCGCUCUCAGGGGGGCUUGACGUUGCGAAAGGACUUGCUGUCGCUUGGAACAAACCUCUAGUAGGAGUUCACCACAUGUUGGGACAUCUUCUAGUUCCACGUAUGCAAAGUAAUGGUCGAGCACCGCAAUUCCCUUUUGUAAGUCUUUUGGUAAGCGGUGGUCAUACUCUUGUAGUACUCUCCAGGUCACUGAACGAACAUGAAAUCCUGUGCGACACCAUAGAUAUUGCCAUUGGCGAUUCAUUAGAUAAGUGCGCUCGAGAGCUUGGAAUUCGUGGUAACAUGAUAGCAAAGAGCAUGGAAGCUUUCAUAAACGAAAAUUUAGACGAUGCUCGCAGCAAGGAAAUUUUCAUGAUCCUCCCAAAGCCGUUGCGGAACCAAAAUGGGCGCAUGAAUGUGCAGAAGUUUUCCUUUUCACCAUUCUUGACUGCUGUAAAACAAAGCCUCGCGAAGGAUAUUGCUCUUUAUACCGAUCGGGAGAAACGAUCUAUGGCGUUCCAGGUCCAAGAAUCACUGUUCGACCAUCUUAUAACGAAAUUGAAGCUUGUGAUUGCGAUGAGGCCCGAUAUAUUCAGCCAAGUUAAGCAUAUGGUAUGUUCUGGCGGUGUGGGAGCCAAUAAGAGACUUCAACAGAUGCUACAAACAGAGUUCAGGAACAGUUUUGACGAAAUAUAUUUCCCAGAACUCUCUCUCUGUACCGAUAACGCUGUAAUGAUUGGAUGGGCCGGAAUAGAGUUAUACGAAACCCUUGGUUUAACCACUAACCUUGAUGUAAGUCCCAUCAAAAAGUGGCCUUUGACCGAAAUGCUUGAGGUUCCCGGAUGGAUUUGUGAGUGA